AUGGAGUCUUACGAAGGCGCCGGGUGCGUCGAUUGUUAUCGAGAACACUGCAGGCAGCAAACGCCUUCGGUGCCGGUCACGACAACCGUGUCAGACCGCCGGACGCCGUCGCUACAGAUGAACCGCUGCCAAACUGCCCCUAGGAGAUUCGAUUUCACCCGCCGUUCGUGUCGACUUUUUAUCGCCGGUUCGUUCGUCAUCGGACUGAUCUUGGUGCCCUGCGCUAUGUCCGCACCCGCCAAACCGUCAAAGUCUCCGUCGCCACCGCCGCCGAGCCCGAUCGUCGCAACCGGCACGCCGUUCUGGCACAACCCGUGUGGCACGGUGUUGACUUAUGACGGCAGUGGCGGAGGCGCCACUGGCGCCAUGAUGAGCAGCGCCGUCAGCCACGACAUUAUGAUGGAAGCGGAACCGGAAUCGGAUUCGGUGAUGCGGCGCGAAGAGGACAUCAUCCACGGCAUUGUCGUGGCCGCCGGUCAGGCCCUGACGCACGUCGAACAGUUCACCGGUGCUUUUGUGGUCGAAACGUUUCACGUCGACGUCAAGAAAAAUCACGACCACUGGAAAGGCAUCAAACUCGACUGGCUCGAGCUGUCCAAGUACAUGCCUAAAGCGCUGGACGUGCCUCUCAGCAAGUCCUAUCUGGCCAGUCUGACGUUCAGGGACGUACUGCACGCCGUGUACGUCGGUAUGCAAAACUUGGCUGUGGGUCUAGAACAAGUGGCUUUGGACCAGGACCGGGAGAUGCUCCCGUACGCCAAGUACUUCAACGAGACCACUUUGAAACUGAGAACUAUCCUGUGUGAGGUUUCAAUGGCAAUUUACGAAAUCAACGAUACGCCGGAAUCGCACGUGUCCAGGGACAUCAUGCCGAUGGAGUCGAGGAUUUCGCGUGACAAUCAGUCGCUCAGGGACUGGCUGAUACUGCGUGAGUACAUGACCAGCCUACAAUACGUGAUCGAGGCUUUUGGGUACCUGAAAACGAAAAGAUAA